AUGGGUCUCUUAGAUAUCGUUCCUGCUGGUGUUGUUACUGGUGACAACCUCAAAAAGCUUUUUGAUUACGCAAAGGAACACAAGUUCGCUAUUCCUGCUAUCAACUGUACUUCCACUAGUACUGUCAAUGCUGCUCUUGAAGCUGCCAGAAAGAACCAAUCUCCUAUCAUCAUUCAAUUCUCUAACGGUGGUUCUGCUUAUGUUGCUGGUAAGGCCAUUGACAACAAGAACCAAGAAGCUUCUAUUCUCGGUGCUGUUGCUGGUGCUCAAUAUGUUCGUGCUGUUGCCAAGGCUUAUGGUAUCCCCGUCGUUAUCCACUCUGACCACUGUGCCAAGAAGCUUUUGCCUUGGUUCGAUGGUAUGCUCGCUGCUGAUGAAGAAUACUUCAAGGCUCAUGGUGAACCCCUCUUCUCUUCUCACAUGUUGGAUCUCUCUGAAGAACCCAUGGAAGAAAACAUUGAACUCUGUCUCAAGUACCUUAAGCGUAUGGCUCCCAUGAAGUGUCUUCUCGAGAUGGAAAUCGGUAUCACUGGUGGUGAAGAAGAUGGUGUUGAUAACUCUGAUGUUGACAAUGCUUCUCUCUACACUCAACCCGAAGAUAUCUGGGAAAUCUACCGUCGCUUCUCUGAAGUUACUUCUCUCUUCUCCAUUGCUGCUGCUUUCGGUAAUGUUCACGGUGUCUAUGCUCCUGGUAACGUCAAGCUUCACCCUGAACUCUUGGGUAAGCACCAAGCCUAUGUGAAGGAACAACUCAAGUCUCAAGAUGAUAAGCCUGUCUACUUUGUCUUCCACGGUGGUUCUGGUUCUUCUGACCAAGAAAUCCAAACUGCUCUUUCCUUUGGUGUCGUCAAGAUGAACAUUGAUACUGAUACCCAAUGGGCUUACUGGUCUGGUCUCCGUGGCUUUUAUGAAAAGAACAAGGAUUACCUUCAAAGCCAAGUUGGUAACCCUGAAGGUGCCAACAAGCCUAACAAGAAGUACUAUGAUCCUCGUGUCUUUAUCCGUGCUGCUGAAACCUCUAUGGUUGACCGUAUCGUUGUUGCCCUUGAUGCCUUGAACAACAAGAACGUUUUGUAA